AUGUCCCAAGCCUCGGCGGCAACCUUCUCAUCCACGCCGCAGGGCCAUCCCUUUUGCCUACGCGUCCCCCUCGCCAAGGCGACCGCCAAUCGCUGUGCUGGGUGUGGGCUCGAUAUACGCAGGCAUUCGCGUGAGGAGGUGACAGACGAGCAACUGCUGGCAGAUGACGGCAAGUCCUCGGUCGUUCUGCCGGGAGAGUUGGCGGUUGGCAGCUACAAGGCUGCACUCGCCGUCUGCAGGGAGGAGCAUGCAACGAACGCCGUUCUCAACUGUGCAGGGUACCGGCUGCACGCCUUCCUGCCUGCGACGCGCGCUGCAUUUGACAGGCUGCGGCUCGAAAGUCCUCCCAGACUACUUGACCUAGAGUGGGAGGACUCCGAGGCCUUCCGCAUCCCGCUUGAGGACCUCGAGCGUGGCCUCGCGUGGGCGUCCGAUCGCGUUCGGGCGGGCCAGAUGGUCCUCGUUAACUGCGCGCAGGGCAAGUCACGCUCUGGCACGAUGGCGGUCGCAUACGUGAUGCGACGGCUCAACUUGCCCGUGGAGGAGGCUCUCACGCGCGUGCAGCAGGCGCGCCCGCUCGUCGAGCCCAACUCAGCUUUUCUCGAGGCGCUGCGCGCGUUUGAAGGCGAGAUUCGUGCCGGCGGAGCAUCCUUACCGGCCGUGUUGGUGUAACAAUUUACUGUAUUCUGUGUUUGUCAUAUGUGAUUUCCAAA